AUGAACCUGGUACUUCAUUCGACCGCAUGGUUACUUGGACGGGAGGACGAGCGCAAGUUCCUCGAACCUUGCAAGCCAUUCGCCUCGUCUUACACCCAGUGGCUCUCCUACACUGACCUCGCCUCAGUCCAGCAAAGGAGCAAUAUCGGCGCUUGGUUCUUUCGUCUCCAGCCGUCUCUGGCGACUCUUGCGAUUGCAGCCACCAUGCAGUAA